AUGCAGCCUCGCGGGUCGAGAGGUGGAGAGCGGUCGCAAAGGCAGGCCUUCUACAUCCACCAGGACUACGCGAUCGCCGAGGCCAAUCGACGUUUCGGUUUCGGCCUUCAGCGGGAGGAUUUUAGAGCUCUCGACGCGACGGGCAAUACCAGAUACGUAGCUGGCAUCACUCAGGUGUUCAGCAGCUACGGUUCCAACUGGACACUCUUGUGCCGCGAAGUCCCUGCGUUAUCCGCCGUCGUCCCUACUGCAAAGGGCGGCGGCAAGGGCAAGGGCGCAGGGAAGGGGCAGCCAGCGGCGCUUGUCGGAGGAAAGGGCAAAGGGGCAGCUCCGAAAGCGCCCGCGGCAGAGCCCGCAAAAGCCCCGGCGAAGGCCGCAGAGCCAGCCAAGGCGCCGGCGAAGGCCGCAGAGCCAGCCAAGGCUCCAGCGAAAGCCGCAGAGCCGGCAAAGGCCCCGGCCACAGCACCGGAGCCAGCCAAGGCAACAUCUGGAUCUUUGGGCCCGCCGUUGGCGGCGCCCGUGGCUGAAGGGGCUGCGCCACCGGCGGCGCCAGCUGUAUUGCCAACAACUUCUGGAGGAGACGAGCCGACUACAGGCGAAGCUGUGGCACCAGAGCAGCCUUCUGAGGUUGCUUCUGGUGCCCAGCUCACCGCUGCGGAUCUGCUACCCAAGGAGCCGGAGCUUGGAGAGGUCAAAGAGGAGCCCGCAGAAGAGGCUGCAGAGGAGGCC